CGCUAAGAAAAAUGUUCACAACCUGAAGUGGCUGGUUCAUGGUCGUUUGAUCGGUUCAGCUUAAUUGAACUCUGAACCUUUAUCUAAAGCAGAUACAUCAUUUGCUAAAGCAGGUAGCUAAGUUUUUCGAAUUCAAGAAAGCAUGAUCUUUGCAUUUGUAGGGCGAUUAUCAUCAGCAACAUCGGUUCAAUGAAUUCUACCUCCGAAGGCAAGAAAGCGGAAAGUCAUGACAACGCAGAUAACCCUAGCGCCGAUAACCGCUUGCCACCUCCAAAUAUACCUUUCAACGGAAGGGACGACGUUAAGCUUUGGGGGAUAUUCUUAUUUGGUCUAAUUGGCGCCACAUUCACUACGUUCGCUGUAAGAGUUGGACAGUUGCGGAGGAGUGCUGAUUGGUUCUAUAAUCAAUUUACCACAUCACAAUCAUCAUCAAAAGGUGCAGCUGGUCGAUCUUUCCGGUCUAAUUACCAGGAGGAAGCAUGGAAAAGAUACAAACGCAGGAUGCAGGAGGAGUACGAAGAGGAGAUGGAAAGAGUUGAGCGCAUAAGACGCAUGCAAAGUGUCUUCAAUAGAGAAAGAAAUAAAUUCAAAAAGAAUUAUGAAGGCUGGAGAGAAAAUGGUCCAGGACAAUAUCAUCAACACUUUCAACGGGACGAUUGGUAUUGGAAGACAGAGGCCUCAUAUGGAAACAACAAAUCAAGGUUUAGGGAAAACCCUCAAGCAAGUGGGAACUAUCUAUUAUCUCAUCACUACACAGUUCUAGGUCUUGACAGGUCGAGGACAAAACCGUACACUGAUGAGGAAAUCAAGAUUGCUUUCAGAGUCAAGGCUAAGGAGUUCCAUCCAGAUCAGAAUCAGGAAAACAAGGAUUUUGCAGAAGCGAAGUUCAAAGAGGUGAUGUGCUCUUAUGAGGCUAUAAAGGAUGAAAGGAAAACGCACAAGAUAUAGUAAUUUCACAAGUCUGUCAAAUUGUAUAACUGAAAAUGCUAUUUCCUAUAAAUUCAAUGCCUGAUUUGAACUAAUGUGUUCUGGCAUUUUCUUGUAUUAAUUUGUCUUAGGAAAAAUUAUACAUUAAUUAGAGAGAAAACUUAUAUGUGAUCAAAUCAUUUAUACAGUGAUCUACAUUUGGUAUUCCAUGUUGUAAAUUAUCAAUAAGAUUGAGAAAUCAAUUACAUUAAGCACAUUUUAUUGACUUAUUAUAGUGUGUGAUUUUAUAUGAAAAGGAAAAUGAUAUUCAUCAACAAUAAGAUCUAGAUUUGAAUUUAUAUUAUUGGGAAUUAUUAUUUAAUUUAUUGAGUUAA